AUGAGAAGGAAACUACGCCAAUUCUUCGCACAAUCGUGUUUCCAACUCGAUUUGUUCGUCAUGAAACUGACCAACUUCUAUUUCAUAUCCGAAUAUUUCGCCACUGACCCCGUCACAUAUCACCGGCCAUUAUUCUUCACAAUUACAUUCGCUUGGGAAUGCACCCACUAUGUUGACGGACGUGUAAACGAUGUAAUAUCAAACAAAAGUCCC